AUGGAAUCCCCGAAGACAAUAGAGCACGAAAUCGGAGGGGUGAAAAAUGAUGCACUUCGAUUUGGACUUCAUGGCGUAAAGAGCGACAUCGUUGGAUCUCAUCCCCUCGAAUCUGAAUAUCAAUCGACAAGGAUGAGGCAAGAGGAUAUGAAGAGGAAGAUCCUUGUGAACACUUACGGCUCGGCUUUUCCUUUGAGGAUGGAGCUCGAUCGCCAAAUUCUUUCCAGAUUUCAGAGGCCUGUAGGAGGGAUACCAUCUUCCAUGCUGGGAUUGGAGGCAAUGACAGGAGCUUUGGAGGACUUUGGUUUUGAAGAUUACCUUAAUGAUCCACGUGACUCUGAAACCUUCCGCCCAGAUGACCUGCAUCAUGGAAUGGAAGUUCGUCUUGGGCUGUCCAAGGGACCGAUCUGUCCCAGUUUCAUAUGA